AUGGCCAAUACUGGAGUUUUUGUCGAUGUCGUGGGCCUGUCUUAUUCGAGUGAGAAUAUCAAAGGCACUACAUCUGAUGAAUUCGAAUACACUUAUAUCCCAGGGGCACAAGUGACUUUCUCUAUUGGCGAGCUUGUCCUGGGUCACUGUGAGGGCCGGCCCGUUACGACCAUUUCUGAUCUAAUUCCAAAUGGCGUCUCGACUUUUCAUCCAAGGUCGGUGAACCGAGCGCGGCUGCUGUUCAGUCUGUCCGUUGGGGAGGGGUUCGAAACACCGAUUCGCAUUGACCAUCACAUUGAAGCUGCGAUAAAUCAGCACAAGGAUGAGAUCAACCUGGAUUCUGAGAAUUACGAUGACCUGGAUGGGCCUCUCCAUAAGAUCUGCGAUAUACUGUGUCUACGUCCCAAAUCUGUCCACCACACGCGAAACCAUCUUCGCCGUGAGAAAGCAGGAUUCAAGGUCCUGAGAGACUUGCAAAUACCAUCCCCCGAUGGUGGAUAUGUUUUAGCCGACGUCUACCUCCCCCUGCACCCAAAGGGACAAUUCCCGGUCCUUCUCAGCUGCACUAUAUACGGGCGAAGAGUACCUUGGGGAGGUCCAGAUUUGAAUGACGACCAGGAUAUACUCGCUUUUGAGCGUGCAGAAGACCAAUGGCAUUCUACGGAAGCGGGUACAGACUUGCAACUACCUGAUAGAGGCCCUUGGUCAACAUCUUUCAGGACACAGCGAGGGUUUGAAAGUAUCGCGUCCUUCAACACGUUCUCCUAUGUCCCCAAAGGCUAUGCUAUGGUGAAGAUGGAUCCCAAGGGAGUAUCAGAAACGCCUGGUAAAAGAUGGGAGCCUGGUCAACUACUGGUGACUUUUGCACUGUGUGCGAAUGGUGUGCGGAUCAACCAUGGAGCAAUGGAAAUGUCGCCCUCAUUGGCAGCUCCCGACGUUGACUCGUAUCGGGAUGCCGCCUAUACUGGGGGCGUGCCCUCAACAUGCUACCUUGAAAACUGGUUUGCUCGUGUCCGAGGCGUGUCUCCCAAAUGGGUGGAUUAUUUGGAUGUGGAGCAUCUGAUGAAAACGAAUUCUACAUUCAACACAAUCUGGGCCAUGAUGGAGUCCAAACCGGAGACCUCGGUCGAAAUUCCUUGCUUCCUUGCUGCAUCUCAAAUCUUCAUGAUUCAUGGGCGCGGCGCAUAUGAAGCUUGGAUGGCGCGGCGACCCGACAAUACCCAUCUUCAGUUAGUCGAUUCGAACUACUACUCGUGGCCGAGUCGGGAAGCGGCUGGCAAAAUUUUGGAGAUUUUGAACCAUCAUCUCAAGACUGAAGACUGUCCGGCUCCCGAGCGGGUAGGGAUACAGAUGCGCCUCGGAAACCAAAGGUGGUAUUGGCGCAAGGAACAAACGUGGCCAGUCCCGGGCACGGAAUACAUCAAAUGGUAUCUCCAUCCCGACCAAUUUCUCGCAACUACCCCACCAGCCUCGGGGUCCCCAGAAAAGGGCUUCUCCUACCCAGCUCAGAAGCCUCUUGCAGGCGGAAACGGAGUCACUUUCCAAUCCUUACCCUUCGAAGAAGACAUCGAGAUGGCAGGUCACUUUGCAGCAACGCUGAGCGUUUCAUCGACGGCUUCGGAUGCAGAUGUUGUCGUCCUUACCUGGGCCAUUGAUGAACAAGGCCAUGCUGUUGCUUAUGGAGCAAACAGCAGUGAGCCAGAGCCGCUGGCCAAAGGCUUUUUGCGCGUCAGUCAUCGGAAGACUGACCCGCAACGAACUUUGCCCUGGAGACCAUGGCAUACCCACCUACAGAAUGACCUGCUGCCGUUUCAGGGACCAGAUGAUGUGGUGGAAAUCAACGUGGAAAUAUUGCCUGCUGCUGCGCGUCUCCGCAAGGGCUGGAGCCUACGCGUGGACAUAUGCCCUUCCGAAGAUCAGCCGAAUAUCCCAGGAUACAAUGGCCCCUCAAUGAGGCUCUGGUACGGUGAGACUCAUGGCCAGGAUGCUCAUGAUACCAUCCAUGUGGGUGGUACUCGAACAAAUUUUAUCAUGUGCCCAGUUGUGCCACGCAGCGAGGACUACCCUGGAUGUAUAAUCUAG